CCAAUGUCCAAAUCAGUGAUUAUUUUUACUGUUCUUUUUAUCCGAACGCAACGCGCCAUAUUGGAUAGGACUUUAAAGCCUUUCCACGCUUUUCACGUUCUGGAAUGUCUUGUGUGAUCCGGAGAUACAACCUGAACAACCAAAGGCCGCAGAACAAACGCAAGUCAUCGCAUUGAGCCCACUCGUACUUUUGGAAAGUAAGACUCGUGCAAAGGUAGUAUUAGGAAAGCAUCAAGGCCCGUCCACAUUACUCGUGCUCGUGCACGCGCCACUGGUUCGCGAGGCUCCGCUUGUUGUCGGUACAUCAAAGGGGUUCGUGACAAGCCGUUCGAGUCAUGUGGACGAUGACGAGCCUUGAUCAGUCGACUUUCUGCACUCGUGCGGAACAUGGAGUGGACGAACGAUUCCACGAUUAAUUUCAUAAAAGUUUAUGAAAAACACCCAGUGUUGUGGGAUGCUACCCACUGUUUAUAUAAAGUGAAACCCAAAAAAACUGAAGCGUGGGAUUCAAUCGCAACGGAACUUAAUGUAGUCGUGGCUGAGUUGAAAAAGAAAAUGAACAGUUUGUUAGCUACAUACCGGAAAGUGCGUCAGAAGCUUACUGCUGCCGGAAAAUCAGGAUCUGGAGCUGACGAAGUGGACGCCCCAAACUGGUUUGCAUACGAAGCCUUCGCAUUUCUUCACAACAUAUAUCAACCUCGGCGGACAGUCAACACAGAAGAUGGAGGAGAAGCAUCUGACUCCCAACUUGAAGACGCUGAAGAUCCCCGAAUAGGAGAGGCAUACACUGCUCUGCAAGCCGCUAUUGCUAAAAAAAGGGACGAAUUCGACGCCUAUGGAGAGUACAUAGCAAAUGUUCUGCGAUCAAUGGAUAAACCAACACGUGCUUUUGUUAAAAAAGAGUUUUCAGACAUAAUUUUCAAAGCAGAAAGCGGCAUUUAUACAUCCCCUUCUGCAAUAAUACAAUCAUCUUGAACCUCAUGCAACUAUUCAAGGUCAAGCAAUAGCAACUAUAGUUACUCAUCGUUCAUGCCAUCUCCUCCACAACCAAUUGCUAUCAGCACUCAACAUGCAGAGGCCAACCAACAGUGAAAUUCUCAACAGACAUCUGUUUCUGCUCCCGACAGUAUCAGACAUGGCCGUUCACAGUUGCGUGAUUUCCGUAAUUUUGAAUGAAUUCUUUUGUUCAAAUUUUCAUUUGUUUCUCUCAUUUGACUGUUAAUUUUUUCUACCUUAUAUGUUUUGAAAUCCUAUUGUAGUUCCUGUCGUUAUUGCUGAAUAUUCUGUAAUUAUUUUUAUGGCUUCGACCACAAUAUGAAUAAAGAACAAAGAAACGUG